GCGCCCCCCAGGUGCCGGCCCGGCCAUGCUGCUGGGGGGCGAGAUCAGCGCCGGGGACCGGCUGAGCGGCGCGGCGGCCCGGGGGGACGUGGCCGAGGUUCGCCGGCUGCUGCACCGCGAGCUCGUGCACCCCGACGCCCACAACCGCUUCGGCAAGACGGCGCUGCAGGUGAUGAUGUUCGGCAGCCCGGCGGUGGCCCAGGAGCUGCUGAAGCAGGGCGCCAGCCCCAACAUCCAGGACGAGGCGGGCCGGGCGCCGGCGCACGACGCGGCGCGCGGCGGCUUCGUGGACACGCUGCGGGUGCUGGUGGAGCACGGCGCCGACGUCAACGUGCCCGACGGCGCCGGGGCGCUGCCCAUCCACGUGGCCGUGCGCGAGGGCCACGCCGCCGCCGUGCGCUACCUGGCCGCCGCCUCGGACCUGGCGCACCGGGACGCGCAGGGCCGCACGCCGCUGGACCUGGCGCGGCACCUGCGGCUGCCCCAGCUCUGCGCCCUGCUGCAGCGGCCGGCGUGAGCCCCGCCGCCGCCGCCUACCUCGGAGGUUCGUCUUUCCCUUUCGCUGUUGUUCCUAUUUAUAUUUUCGGGGACCCCUGGCCCCGUUUGGGGGGAUGCUCUGCCCCGGGACCCCCCCUCCUCGGGGUGGGGGUUGGGGGGCGGAUGGGGGCCCGGCGCCCCCCUGCUGCCACCUUGCCCCCCCCCCCCCACGCCGGGGGCCACCAGUUCCGUCUCGUGUUGGUUUUUAUUUUGUAAAGACAGAAAUUAAAUGAGAUUCUAUUUAUUGUGCUUGGGGGAGACGUUGUGGGGGAUAAUUUAAUGUUUUUAACCAUUAAAUUAAUAUUUGUGGA